AUGAGUUCUCAUCACUUAAGCACACCUGAAAAGAAAGCAAUAGAGUCUAUACUUUCCGAGGCAGAACACGAUUAUUCGCCAGAAGAUAGAAUUGAAGAAGCCGUUCGACUUCUGGAUAUAGAGUCUCGUAAAAUUUGGGAUGAUUGGGAUGAUUCAAUAGCCUUAUCUGUAGUUCCAGUUAACAGCACAAAUACAAAUAAUGACAUAAGUGAAUUUAUACAAAAAUCCCGUCAAUUAAUCGAUCAAAACUCUAAGGAAGAAGAAUCUUUUAAUUCUCGUGAUAUUAGAACAACCAAAAUUACGCGAAUAUCAAACCCAAUAAAUUCAGAUUCAGAUUCAAAUGAUGAACUGUUUAAUCGCAGUCCUCCACAAAAUUCAUAUUAUUCUAAACGCAAAUCUGAAAAUAUUAGAAAUACUACAACAUUAAAUUCUCGUAAAGAAUCUCAAGUUAAAGAAUUUCCUAUAGAUAUGAAUUCAUACAAGCAACAAGCAAAAAUUGAUAAAUCAAAAUCACAAAUUUCUAGAAAUCGCGCUACUAAAGCAAGUUUAUCACCUCCAAAGGCAAAAUCUAAUAAUAGAAAAUCAUAUCAAAAUGUUCAUGAAUAUAAUGAGUAUAAAAAAUUGCGAAGAGAAAAUAUGGAAUAUCUCAAUGAAAUUAAACUCCUAGAAAAUACUUUAAUGAAGCUGAAUGCAGAAAAUGAUAGUUUGAAAUCAAGUAUUAAUGCAGUGAAAAUCGAGAGAGCAAAACAGAAGGCUAAGAUUGCAUAUCUUAAAACAGAAAAUAAAUAA